AUUUUUCUUCUUCUAUUCUUCUUUUUAUGCGGUUGCGAACAGUUGAACGUGAAUAUUUUCUUAUAAUUCAGUACAUUUUUACGCAGGCUGAAAUAUAUCUCUGUACAAAAUUGUGUUGAACACAAAGGAUUUUUAAAAUACGUUUGGGAAAUAUGUCGGAAACAACGGGCACAGUAUAUCCUCCAGUUUCUUGGGCUCAGCGUUAUGAUCUGCUUUACGUUAUUAUUGACGUUGAAUGUACCAACAUUGAAUACAAAGUGACGGAAAACACUUUCACUUUCAAAGGUGUAAACGCUUUAGACGCAACCAAAAAAUAUGAUGUCACCCUUAAUUUCUUAAAUCCUGUGGAUCCAGAAAAAGUGACGAGUAAGAACAUUGGGAGAUGUUUGGAAUUUACAAUUUACAAGAAAGAAAAAGGUCCCUACUGGCCUAGUCUGACAAACGAUAAAAUCAAAUUGCACUUUUUGAAAGCCAAUUUCGCCAAGUGGAAAAAUGAGUCUGAUGACGAGGAUGAGGAAGAACAACCAGCUCCUUUCAAUAACCUCUUCAAUUCCUCAUGGAAUGAUAAAUUCGGUGACAUGGACUUGGAAGACGACGAUUCUGAUGAUGAUAUUCCCAGCUUAUCCAAAAAUGACGAAGAUUCUUCAGAUGAAGAAAAGCAGAGUGCUGAGGGCGAGAAGGCAGCACCAGAGGCUGAGAAGAAAUAGUUUAAUAAAUUUGUUAAACAUUUGAGUAAACGUCGUGCAGAACAUAUAAAACUUUAAUAAGAGAUGAUCACAAAACGAAACUCCAAACUAUAAUUAAGAUUCCCUAUUAUAAAUAAACUACUUUUCCAAAAAAAAAAAACAUGGAAGAAAGGAAAACAAACAAAAAGAUUUCAAUUAUACUCAACAUCAUUUCGUAAUUAGUAUAAAAAUAAUGCUAAAGCAUAGUUAUUCCUUUGUUUGAGGUGAACUUUAACUAAGGUACGCGAUUACUAACAUAGAAUUUAUAAGUCGGAAGAAUGUACACCACACCGUACAGCUACAGUUAGUCAUUCAAUUCAUAUAAAACUAAAUUAGUACAUAAAUUCACACAAAGAAACGUUAAUUAUGAUUGUUUGUUUUUCCUGUAAAUAAAGGAAAUCGCAUGCGAUUUACUAACCAAUAAUUCAACAUUUUUACAUUGAAAAGAAUUACAUAUUUUAACUUUUAUACAUAAAUACGAGUAUAUUGGGCAAUGCUCGCGGUAUAGGUGAAGGAAGUUCGGAGCAAAAGAAAUUUAAAUAAAUAAACAAACACAUAAGAAGUAGCGGCAAUAAGAUUAUAAUUAACUAAAAACUAUUUAAAUAUUUAUUAUUUUAAACAGAAAUGAAAUCCUUUUCUGUUUCUAAAGAAAAGUACUAAAAUAUCCAAAGAAAAA